UGUGCGGCCGGGCGGAUUAUCAGCAGGGGGAACGGCGCACUGUGAAUGACUGGGAUAAAACAGCAUAUUUAAACCAUUAGAUUAUAAAAACACUGAUUAAUAUCAAACAGAGACACUGCGGAGAACCUUUCAGCUUCAUAUGAACCGGAUAAACCAUGCAGGCGGACGAGGCUCAGUAUCUGAAACGGAAGGUGAAGCCCGGAAACAUAGACGUGCACCCCACUGAGAAAGCCAUAGUGGUUCACUAUGAGGUGGAGGCGUCUAUCCUGGGCGAGAAAGGAGCUGCUGUACAUGAGGAGAGGAAGGAGUGUCAAAAGAUUAUUCGACUGAAGAGUCUGAACGCCAGCACUGAUGUGUCCUCGCUGGCCAGGAAGGUGGUGGAGGAAUGCAAGCUCAUCCACCCCUCCAAACUGGCCGAGGUGGAGCAUCUGCUCUUCUACCUGCAGAACCGGAAGAAGCCCAGCAGUCGAGCAGAGAAAGAGGAAAAGAAGCUGCUGAAACCCAGAGAGCUCACUCCAUUUGAAGGGAUGGAGCUCGAUGAGGAGGCCAACAUUAACAAGAUUGAUGAGUACGUGGAGCUGCUGUAUGAGAACAUCCCCGAGAAGAUCAGAGGCUCCACCCUCAUCCUCCACCUCGCCCGCAACCCAGACAACCUGGAGGAGCUGCUGCAGAACGAAACUGCACUGGGAGCUCUGGCCAGAGUGCUGAGAGAAGACUGGAAGCAGAGUGUGGAGUUAGCCACCACCAUCAUCUACGUCUUCUUCUGCUUCUCUAGCUUCUCUCAGUUUCACAGUUUGAUCACGCACUAUAAAAUUGGAGCUCUGUCUAUGAACAUCAUUGAGCAUGAGCUGAAGAGAUACGACCUGUGGCAGGAUGAGCUGGAGAAGAAGAGCAAGGCUUGUGAUGAAGAUCCCGACAACCUGACUCUGCGGAAGGAUCAUGAGAAAGCCUAUAAGAAAUACCAAAGCCUUCUGGUGAAGCAGGAGCAGCUUCUGAGAGUCUCUCUGUAUCUGUUGCUGAAUUUGGCUGAAGAUACCCGGACUGAGCUGAAGAUGAGAAAUAAGAACAUUGUUCACCUGCUGGUGAAGACGCUGGAUCGGGACAACGAGGAGCUGCUGGUGCUGGUGGUCUCCUUCCUCAAAAAGCUCAGCAUUUUCCUGGAGAACAAAAACGACAUGGCUGAGAUGGACACAGUGGAGAAGCUGGCUCGUCUGAUCCCGUGUGAACAUGAAGAUUUGAUGAACGUCACUCUGCGCCUCCUCCUCAACCUCUCCUUCGAUACGGGACUCCGCUGCAAGAUGGUGCAGGUGGGGCUCCUCCCCAAGCUCACCGCUCUGCUAGGCAGUGAGGGUUAUAAGCAGAUUGUGAUGUGUAUCCUGUACCACAUCAGCAUAGACGAUCGCUCCAAGGCCAUGUUCGCCUACACAGACUGCAUCCCUCAGCUGAUGAAGAUGCUGUUUGAACACGGAGAAGAGAGAAUCGACUCUGAGCUGAUUUCCUUCUGCAUUAAUCUGGCAGCUAACAAAAGGAACGCACACAUUAUCUGUGAAGGGAAUGGGCUGAAGAUGCUGAUGAAGAGAGCGCUGAAGUUUAAAGAUCCUCUGCUGAUGAAAAUGAUCAGAAAUAUUUCGCAGCAUGACGGACCUCUCAAACAGCUUUUCCUGGAUUACGUGGGGGAUCUGGCGGCUCAGAUCGGGCCGGAGGAGGACGAGGAGUUUGUGAUCGAGUGUUUGGGAACUCUGGCUAACCUCACCAUCGCUGACCUGGACUGGGAGCUGCUGCUGAGAGAAUACAACCUCGUGCCCUACCUCAAAGACCACCUCAAACCUGCCUCAGCGGAGGAUGACCUGAUCCUGGAGGUGGUGAUAAUGAUUGGCACUGUGUCCAUGGACGACUCCUGUGCUGUAAUGCUGGCCAAAUCCGGCAUCAUCCCCGCCCUCAUAGAUCUGCUCAACGCCCAACAGGAGGAUGAUGAGUUUGUGUGCCAGAUCGUCUAUGUUUUCUACCAGAUGGUUUUCCAUCAGGCCACCAGAGAUGUCAUCAUUAAAGACACUCAGGCUCCCGCUUACCUCAUCGACCUCAUGCACGACAAGAACACCGAAAUCAGAAAAGUGUGUGACAACACGCUGGACAUUAUUGCAGAGUAUGAUGAAGAGUGGGGGAGAAAGAUACAGAGUGAGAAGUUCCGCUGGCAUAACUCUCAGUGGCUGGAGAUGGUGGAGAGCAGGCAGAUGGACGAGGGUGAGCCGUAUCUGUAUGGAGACGACCCUGAGGGACUGGAGCAGGCGGACCUCUUCUACAGUACCGAUGGAAUGCCCCCUGAAGGGGGACUGAGUCCGGACCCCUACAGUCAGUUCAACGCUCAGAACGGAGACUUUAACGGCUGCGGCAGCUCAAACGGACGUCCGGCCACCGCUUACGGCUUCCGGCCGGACGAACACUUCUACCACGGAGUGUCCACCUAGAGGAGACACGUCCUGACCAGUCCCUCUCCCUCAGCUCUGCUCACUAGUGAACACGCUGGAGCUUCUACUGCAGGAGAGCGGAGGAACACACACUGCAGACUCCGGAGAGGACUGAGAUUUAGAGCUGCUGACGCCACUUUUUAGUAAGGGUCCACUGCAGUGUGGACCAUGGUCGCGCACAGGGUAGGAUAAUACACUGCAUGUUUAGAUGACUUUAUUAGGCCUGUCACCAUAAUUAUAUCAUCAGUUAAUUAAGCAAUAAUACAUGAGAGCGAGGGCUAUAAUGUGUGAUAUUGGCAACCGCAUCACAGCAGUGCCAAUAUUACACGUUAUAGCACGAACCUCGAGUGUAUUAUUGCGAUUAAACCACAGUUCCAUUAUCACUGUUUAUUGAAAGAUUUUGAGAUUUUGAGAUAAAGAGGAUGAGAAAAUACCAAUAUUGAUAAUAUCCAUUGUUUUUUCCUGCAUGUUCAUUUACAUAACAAACAAAACAAUUAACCAGUAUUUAAAGGAGAAAUCCUAACAAAUAUUAACGAUUACAAACUUAGACAAAAUAGCCCAGCCCUGUUCUCCCCCAGCAAUCUGAAAUUCAGCACUUUUAGCCAAUGCUCCCAUCAGAAUUAAUAAGCUUAAAGCAGCUCCACACUUCAUUGGUAGAAUUCUGAGAGCCCUGAUAUUUAAAACGAGGCACUGAGAACUCUAAAAGUGCACAAAUUUAUUUAAAACACUGUUUAUACACACAGGACCCUAUGCACAAACGAAUAGGUAGGACAGGUGAACAGAUUACAAAGUUAAUUCAGUGGAAAUGCAUCAAUAUUAUAGAGAUAUUUUCAGAAAAAUGCUGGAAUUCUCGCAUUUCCACGGAUUUAAUUAGAAUAUUACAAUAAUUCAUCGUGGUUAAUCAGUAUAUGUGUGAACUCAUUAGAUUUGACCCUGAAGAAAGCUGAAUUUCACUUAAAAGUAUUGAAGUGUGUAGUAGAUGUGUGAGCGGAUAGAAUAACUGUUAUUAGGAUGUAUUUAUCUUAUUAUUAUUAACCAAUAUUUAAAGGAGAAAUCCUAACAAAUGAUAACGAGUACAAACUUAGGCAGAAUAGCCCAGCCCUGUUCUUCCCCAGCAAUCUGAAAUACAGCACUUUUAGCCAAUUAGCCUUAUAUUGCUAGUGAUAGGGGCAUAUGCAUUACUCAUGCAAAGAAAUCACAAUUUGUACAUUAAUAAGCUUAAAGCAGCUCCACACUUCAUUGGUAGAAUUCUGAGAGCCCUGAUAUUUAAAACGAGGCACUGAGAACUUUUAGAACUGCACAAAUUUAUUUAAAACACUGUUUAUACACACAGGACCCUAUGCACAAACGAAUAGGUAGGAUAGGUGAACAGAUUACAAAGUUAAUUCAGUGGAAAUGCAUCAAUAUUAUAGAGAUAUUUUCAGAAAAAUGCUGGAAUUCUCGCAUUUCCACUGAAUUAAAUUGGCAAAAAUUAAUUUUUCUUAUCAAACCUAUUAUUUUGUGGUCAUCAGUCGACUUGUUGUCUGUGUACUUUCAAAGCUCUCAGUGUCUCGUUUUAAAUAUCACGGCUCUCAGAAUUCUACCAAUGAAGUGUAGAGCUACUUCAAGCUUAUCAAUUCUUUGCAUGGGUAAAUAUAUGCCCCCAUCAUUAGCAUUGUAAGCCUGUUGGAAGCAUAGACUUAAAGCACUGUAUUUGGGAAUGCUAAGGGUGAAUGGAGGUGGGCUACUCCACAAACGUUAGUACUCUUUAUCAUGUUUCACUACAACCCAUGUGCAUUUUACACCAGAUUUCUCCUUUAAUUGAUACACUGGCAGCACAAUGAACAGUGCAUCAAUAACAGCAUUACUGCAAUUCAUAUACUACAUUCAUAGGCAAAAUUAAGUCAUAGUCACUCCUAAUUUAUUACAAAUUAAAAGUUCAUUACAUUAUUACUCUAUUGUGGUAUAACAUGAUUUAUCAUUGUAUUAUUAUAUCAUUAUAUGGUCCUAAAAUAAUAGUAAUAAUAUUACGUUUAUCACAAUUAUUUCUGGGACAAAACAUCAACCAAAAAAAUAAUUAUGGUGACAGGCCUUCUUAAUGAAGCUGCUGCGGACAAAUAAAAUGCUUCCCAGCUUUUUUAUUUUAUUUUAUUUCCUUUUUCCUUUUUUCAUUUCCUGCUCACUUUACACUUUUGAUUAUUUUUUUUUUUUUUGGAAUAGUCUUACAUUAUUUAUGUUAUUUAUACACUUUUUUAUAGCUUUAUUUUAGAUAUUUUUUUAUGUACGUUAAUGACGGUGCACUUUAAUACAAAACUUUGCAUAGCCACUUGAAUUUAACUCUUUAAAUCCUUGAGUUAUUUUUCCUUCUGACUGAUACGUCAUAUACAUACUUGAAUAUCUGAAUACUAGGGCUGUCAGAAUAUUACAAUAAUUCAUCGGUAUAUGUGUGAACUCAUCAGAUUUGAUCUUUAUUAUUUUUUAUAAUUCAGUAAUAUUAUUUCAUGAUCUUCCAGAAUGCAGAUUCACAUGUUUUAUUACCAACAUACAUGUUGCCCCAAGUGACUGUAUCAUAUAUGCUGAUAUGCCAAAUGUCAUUAGUGUGUCCCAUGACUUUUGCCAUGUCCAAUAGAAGCUGAAGAAUGCUGCACUGACCUGUGGGAUAUAUUUGGACGUGGAAUGAAUUUCUGCUUGAGUCACUUGUGGUAUAUAUAUUUACAUUUUCAGCAUUUAGCUCAGUCACCCAGAGCUAGAAUUGAACCCCAGUCUCCCACAUGGUAGCUUGCUGGCACACCAGCCAAUAUAAGCAAAUAAAUAGCACAAUCUUUUACUUUGGUAGGACUCAAACCCACAACCUUUAAAUUGGAUUAAGGAAUGUUAAAUGCCUGCAUAAUGCUAUACCAUGACUUUUGGCAUGUCAGUGUGUGUAAUAUACAUAUAUUUUUACUUUUAUCCAGUUAAAUAUGCACAGGACCUUUUUUUAAAAAAAAAAAUAAAAACUCUUAUUGACUUCGACAGCCCUAGUUUAUGCAUAAUUGUCUCACUUUGCCAAUAUCAUUUUUACCCUGCCAAAACCAUACUGUUGUGUGUAUAAAGGAAAAAACCUAAUGACUGUUUUAUUGUAAUACAGUCAUAACUCAUUGUGUUCCACAGCUUUUUAAUAGAUAGUAAUUUAUCUUUAAUUUAUCUUUAAAUAUUGAUCUUGUGUAGUUAUACUGCAUUUAUAGACUUAACUGACUCAAAUCCCUGUUUGAUUUAAACACAAUACACUGUCCUGGUUUAAAUGUGUUAAAGAUAAUUAAAUGUACAUUUGCAUCUCAAAAAAAAUAAAAUAAUAUCAUUAAGAAGUUACUUUAUUUUAGUAAUUUAGUUCAAAAUGCGAAACUCAUAUAUUAUAUAUCAGUAUUACACAGUGCAGUCUUGUUUUCCCAGAAAAUCUUACAGCACUUCAUGCUUCCCUCUGCUACUGACAACUGUUAUGGAGAUGUGGAUUUCAUUUUCCAGCAGGACUUGGCACACUGCCCACACUGCAGAAAGUAUCAGUUGGUCUUAAUAUAUAAUAUUCUAAUUUUCUGAGACACUGAUUUGAUUUUUGGGUUUUCAUUGGCUGUAAGCCAUAAUCAUCAACAAUAAAAUAAAUUAAUGCUUAAAAUGAGUUUCACAUUUUUAACUGAAUUUAGUGAAAUAAAGCUACUUUUCAAUGAUAUUCUAUUUUUCCAGAUGCACUAGCAUUUUUUUAUUUGUCUGAUAUGUGUAGAUCAAAAGAGAAAAGCUGACAGUAUUAUAAUUGUAAUGACAGUAUUAACAGUGAUGUAUGUGACUGAUGUGAUGAGUACCUGAGCCAAAAGAACAGGGUCUGUUCUCCAUUAUAAUCUGUCCUGGACUCUUAUCAUCGUUUUAUCAUCCACUAUAGAAAGAAAGCAGAUAAUAAGUCUGUUAACUUUUUUUCCUUAUUAUUAACGAAUCAUAAUACUGUAACUCAGCACUGUUUGUACUUAUCUUAUGUUUAACCUCAUUUAUGUUAUUACUGAAUUGAAAUGUAGCAUAUUUUCCUUCAUUUUUCUUAAAUAGGUAACUGACUCUACACGAUGAGUUGUACAUUAUUUUUUAUUUGAAAUGAACUUGAAUUCCGAUGUUGAUUCUGUUCCUGAUUGUUUCCGGGGUCUUCGUAUGGCCAGUCCUGCAUUCCAACAGCUUUGCAUUCUUCUUUCCAAACAGUGCCUGAUAAGAUCAUAAAGGCCUUCGCUGCUAUAAAGACCCAGAAACCUGAAAUCAGUGUGAUAUUUCUCUAACUGCUAAACGCCAAGCAUACAAUAAAACGAUGCUCAGCUGAAAUAA